AUGAGUUGUAUAUUUUAUUUUUAUUUUAGUGGUUUAGCAUUAUUAGCAUUAGUAAAUACAUAUGCAGCUGCAGGAUUAGUAACAUGGGUCAUAAUUGAUGCUAUUCGUGGUCAAGUAUCAGUAUCUGGUGUAUGUGUUGGUCCUGUUAUUGGUUUAGUUGGUAUAAUACCAGCAUGUAGUUUUGUUCAACCUGGUUGGGCAUUAUUAUUUGGAAUAAUUCCAACAAUUAUUAUUUAUUUUCUUCUUCUAUAUAAACAUCAUUUGAUAUUUAAUGAUACUUUAGAUGUUGCUGUGGUUCACGGUUGCUGUUUUGCUUCUGUCUGUACUAUUGCAAUUCCUAUUUCAUUAAAAUAUACAAUUGGAAUUUGUUUAUUACCUAACGAAGAAUUGAAAGGACUUGAUUGGAUUGCUCAUGGUGAAAAAUGGUCACACAAUGAUAAACCAAGUCAAGCAUUAACAUCAACUGGAAUACCAAUGAAUAAACCUAAAUAUGCACCAUAUACAAUUCAAAAUAAUUGGAAACCAACCAGAAGUUCACCUCGUCCACGAUCGAUUCAGAAGCAAAAUAGUUUAGUUAAACUUCGAUUAACUAUAACACAAAGUAGAUAUAAUGCAUCUCAAUCACAAUCCGACAAAAAUAUCCAACCAUCUUAUACAUAUAACUCAUCUUUACUAGUUUCAAUGCGAACUAAUUUUUUUUGGGUAGUAUUUAAAUGA